AAGAUUUUGACAGAUUAUCAAACAAACAAGCUUUUGGGUUCCAAUCUUUUCAUUUUCUGCAAUAAAUUCCUCGAAAAUAACUAGUUUUACCCAACAAAUAAUCCAACUAGAACACCAAGAUGCUGCCGCUCUCCUUGCUGCGGACUGCGCAGAACCACCCUAUGCUGGUGGAGCUGAAGAACGGCGAAACUUACAACGGCCACCUCGUCAGCUGCGACAACUGGAUGAACAUCAACUUGCGCGAGGUGAUCUGCACGUCGCGAGACGGUGACAAGUUCUGGAGGAUGCCCGAAUGCUACAUCCGAGGCAGCACGAUCAAGUAUUUGCGAAUUCCCGAUGAAGUUAUAGACAUGGUGAAGGAGGAAACUCAAGUGAAGGCGAGAGGGCGCAGCGAAGUGAAUAAGGGUCGUGGAGGAGGUCAGAACAUGCGGCAAGGAGGUCGUGGCGGUGGGCGGGGUGCAUUUGGAAGCCGCGGCGGCCGCGCGCCCCCAUUGGCCGGGCGCGGUGGCGGGAAUCCCGGCCGGAAUCCACAGAAUAAAAAUAAGAAAUAAUAGUAAGUUUGGCUGUAUGUAUUAGAGUGUAAAUGGUUACUUUAAUUACUAAAUUAUAAGACUUUUCUCAACAAAC